CCGCUAGGCGGCGCUGAGGAGACGCGCGGCGCGGUUUUCCUUGGUUGGUCCUUCUAGCCCCCAACGCUUUAUAGCUCUCUUCCCGGCAUGCUUUGCCCUCUUUUCGACCGGCCGCCGUCGACAUGGGACGAGUGCGCACAAAGACGGUGAAAAAGGCCGCCCGGGUCAUAAUUGAAAAAUACUAUACCCGUCUUGGGAAUGACUUCCACACAAACAAGCGAGUAUGUGAGGAGAUCGCCAUCAUCCCUAGCAAAAAGCUGCGCAAUAAAGUUGCUGGGUAUGUUACCCAUUUGAUGAAACGCAUUCAAAGAGGACCAGUUAGGGGCAUCUCCAUCAAACUGCAGGAAGAGGAAAGAGAAAGAAGAGACAACUAUGUCCCUGAGGUCUCUGCCCUGGAUCAGGAGAUCAUUGAAGUGGACCCUGAUACCAAGGAGAUGUUGAAGCUCCUGGACUUCGGCAGCCUAUCCAACCUGCAGGUCACACAGCCUACUGUAGGGAUGAACUUCAAAACCCCAAGAGGCGCCAUCUGAAGCCAUUGUCAAAUUUUCACUUUUAAAAUAAAUAUAUAGAAACAAA